GGGAAACAGAUUGAGGGUGUGGUAAGUGUGUCUCGGCUGUGACUGAGCACACAGGUGGUGCCAGGUUCCUUGUUAUACCCCUCUCACUCAGUCAUGGCUGCUUCAACUACCCCGGGGCUGGAGGACGUUGAUCACAGUGACCCAGAGGUUUUGGCCUGCGCCUCUUUCGCCCUGGAAAGCCUGUCCCACCAGGACCCCCUCCACCCACGACACUACUCCAUCACCAGGUUCCAUUCCGUCCAGAGAGCCAAUAUUGGUGGGGGCCAGUAUGACAUGGACGUGGAGGUGACAAGUUGGCCCAAGAUGAAAGAACAGCAGGAUGGGGCUUCCCCUCAAACUCCACCCUCUGAGCAACAGGUGUUCCGGUGCCACUUUGUGGUUCUGAGUGUUCCCUGGAAGAAUCAGCGGGUCCUUAUCCAAAGUUCCUGUACCCCUGUGAGCAGCACAGCUUGCACUGAUCCAACACCAUGACCAGCUUUUGUUCAGUGUCAACUGCCAAUAUACACCACUGCUCUGCCUGCAGGAGUUUUAAUGUGCUUUCAAACAAACAAAUGCAACUUUCCUCUGGUCUGAAACUGAGGAAGGCCUUGCCACUGUAACUAAUCAUGUUUUCAUCUACGGGUAAAAGAAUCAUCACAUCCACUUGGCUUUCUGUUGUGAAUUUCAUGGUAAAGAUUCUGCCAGAA